UCUUCCUUGUUACCCUGGGGGAGCCGGCAGCGUAUUUGGGUCCCGCUAUCUUAAACCCUUUCUAUCCAAGUUCAGGUUUGCGUCUUGCUGGAGCUGAUCCUCCCAGAAAUUUUUGGUUUCUAAGAAGAAACCCUCCUAUCAAAAUUGUGUUUUAUUCAUAAAAAGCUUCGAUUGAGGCCAGCUAUGGCGACCCACCUUCUUUCUCCGCCCACCCACCUUCAAACUUCCAUUAAAAUGGCCCUUCACGUCCCGCUUCUUCUAGCGCCCAGUCGUCGGAAACCAGAAUGCAGCCACAUAAUGAGUUUGGAACCACAUAAAAGAUUUCAGAAUGCUAGAUCUGUGGUCUCUUGUGCUAUGAAUAUGACUGCAGGACAAUCAGAUGAUUCAGGAAGGGUAAGUUGGGAUAGUUUGAAGAACAGGGUAAAACAGCUCUGGGACAACUCACCAGAGCCAGUGAAGUGCUUCCCUUGGAAUGAGGCAUUGGAUAACUUCAUCCAGCUUAUUGCUGAUCUCAUCUUGACGGUUAUCAAAUACUUGUGUGUACCAUUACUCGUCGUUACCUCCCUUAGCGAGAUGUCCUACUGUGCUCAUGAAAAGAAGCUUCUUAUUGUCCCAUUUCCAUUUAUAAUUGGCUUCUCCAUUGCUGAGGUCAUGAGACAGACAGCUUUAAGUCUCUCUCCAAUUCUUAAGGAUCUAGAAGUCCCAUGGCAUUUGAUCACCAUUGCAAUAUUCUUCACUCUCAUUAAACUGCCUGGCCCAUACUAUCCAUAUUGGGGUCGCAUAUUCAUUCCCCAUUUCACAAAUGGAGGUUUAUUCAGAACUUUCUGGUCUUUGUUUCUCUGGUUUAGAAGACCCCGAAAGACAUCAAUGUUAUUGAAGCAUAACAAGAAUCACCUGGAUACGAAGAGGAAUUAAUUGAAAAAGGCAUAGAGAACAUUGGACCAGAUGACAUUGCUGGCUUCAUCAGAAUGAAGUGAUCAAUCGAGCAAGUGAGCGAGCGAACUGAUCGAGAGCUUCUUAUAGCACGAGACAGAUUCUUUUUCAUUGAAGGAUCAUUUUCCUGAUGGACAGUUCCAGAUUAAGCUUUAAAUGAAACCCAAUGUAUUUCCAAUUUCCUUCUUUCUUUCAUGUAGCACAGAAAGCUUUGGAGGCCAUGUUUACACUUCAAUUCCUUCCUAAACUUUAAGAAAAUUAGUAAGGAUGGUGUGUGUGAGAACAACUGUAAAACAACCCCACAUCACCACAACUUUUUUCUUUUUCUUUUUCUUUUUAGUUCAUUGCAGGACAGAGAUUGAACCCUCGACCAUUGAUAUAGUAAUUGGUAUCUUUAUUAGCUCAGAUGGACCAUAAUCUUGGGGUUAAUCUUCUGUGUAGAAGUGGAAUGAAUGGUUUUUUAAACCAA